UAUAUGGCUGUGUUUCCCUCGCCCACAACCUCUGUCAGAGAGUGGUGGUGAUUGUGGAAACCAUCAUGGCUGGUCUUGGAGCUCUUAUCAUAUUCUUGCUGUGGGCCCCCCUGUCUCUCAGCCAGGGUAUCCAAGGAGGGUGGGAACCCGCUGACAAAAACAGCAAGGCUGUGCAAGACAUAGCGGUAUUCUGUGUCUCUCAGUACAACAAGAAUAGCGAUGGUAACAACCUAGCCAAGAUGAUUUCCCUUGAAGACGCUUCUCAGCAGGUAGUGGCUGGGAUGAACUAUGACCUGACCAUAGUGCUGGUACAAACACAAUGCAAGAAGAACAGUAAAAAUUCUCCAUCUUGUGAGAAGCCAUCAUCCAAGUGUCAUAUUGAAAGGUGUGUUUGCUCGGUGUAUGAUGUACCCUAUGAAAAGAAAAGGACACUUAGUAGCCUGAAGUGUACAGUUCUAUAAAGUCUUCCUGGAAAACGGUUUCCCCGUGUCUUCCUGCUGAAUAACGUGGCUACUAGUACUGUGAAUGUAAUCAUUUUCAAAGUGUUUCUUAGAUACAUUCCUAAAUUUGAAUGUUGCCCGUAAGUGAAAACAGUUUGAGGCAACCACCUGUC